AUGCCUGGACUUCCAUACAGAGCUGCAGAGAGCUCCAGUAGCUCCAACUACGGCCAUCAAGCUGAUGAUGAUGACGAAGAAGAAGAAGAUCUCCAAGAUGUUUCAUACAAGACUGCCAAAGAUGCCGUCUUGUUUGCAAUUGACGUUAGCAAGAGCAUGUUGACAUCGCCCACUGAGUCCGACCCGAAGAAACCAGAGACAGCACUUUCUCCAACCGUGGCUGCCUUGAAAUGUGCAUAUGCUUUGAUGCAACAGCGCAUCAUCAGCAAUCCAAGCGACAUGAUGGGCAUUCUCCUGUUCGGGACAGAGAAAAGCAAGUUCCAAGACGACGAUGGCGAGAGCAGUAACGCGGGCAAGCAGUAUCCCCAUUGCUACCUCCUCACUGAUCUGGACGUACCGGCAGCUUCUGAUGUCAAGCUCGUACGAGACAUAGUAGAAGACGAGGAAGAAGCUGCGGAACUCUUGCAGGCGAGUUCGGAGGAGUUCAGCAUGGCGAACGUGCUAUUCUGUGCGAAUCAAAUCUUCACGACCAAAGCUCCCAAUUUCACAUCCAGACGGCUUUUCCUUGUGACCGAUAACGACUAUCCUCAUGCUGCCAGCAGAGACGCUCGCAACAGCGCCGCUGUGCGGGCGAAGGAUCUGUACGAUCUGGGCGUAACAAUUGAACUCUUUCCAAUCUCACAUCCCGAUCGCGGGUAUAUUUUCGAUCGGAGCAAGUUCUACAACGACAUUGUGUACUCCUUGGUACCAUCAGACCCCGAUGCGCCGGCUCCUUUGAACGCGGAUAUCAAGACCGCAAGCUCUACUUCCAAAGAUGGUAUAUCUCUAUUACAAUCUCUGCUCUCAUCCAUUGCGUCUCGUUCGGCGCCACGACGAGCACUUUUCUCUAGUGUACCCUUCGAGAUCGGCCCGGGACUGAAGAUCAGCGUGAAAGGCUUCAUUAUUCUCAAAAAACAAGAGCCCAAGAGAACCACCUAUGUCUAUGUGCCACCGGAUAGCGAGAAAGCGCAGAUUGCCGUGGGAAGCAGCACAAUAUUUGCUGGAGAUACCGGCCGCACGGUGGAGAAGGUUGAAAUCCGCCGAGCCUACAAGUUUGGAGGCGAGAGCAUCACAUUUUCCGACGAAGAGCUCGCGCGUAUCACCUACUUUGGCGACCCUAUCAUUCGCAUCAUUGGUUUCAAGCCAUUGAGCUCCUUGCCAAUUUGGGCGACACUCAAGCAGUCGACAUUCAUCUACCCAUCAGAGGACUCCUUCAUUGGAUCUACACGUAUCUUCUCCGCCCUCCACCAGAAGUUGCUGAAAGAUCAGAAGAUUGGGAUUGCAUGGUACAUUCCUAGGCGAAACGCUGGCCCUCGACUGGUGGCAGUGAUACCGGGCGCCGAAGAACGCAAUCAGGACGGAGACCAACAAACACCGCCAGGGCUGUGGCUUAAGCCUCUGCCAUUUGCUGACGACGUGAGGCAUCCACCAGAAACACACCUUGUGAGGGCUCCAGACAGCGUGACGGACGCAAUGCGCCUGGUCAUUCAGAAUCUGCAACUGCCAAAAGCAAUAUACGAUGCUACCAAAUAUCCAAACCCAGCGCUGCAAUGGUUCUUCAGAAUCUUGCAAGCUCUGGCCCUCGAGGAAGAUCUGCCAGAGCAGCCGGAGGAUAAGACGCUCCCGCGCUGGAAGCAAAUCCACAAGCGGGCUGGUGGCUUUGUGGUACAAUGGGGCGCGGAAGUCGAGAAAGCAUUCGAAGAGUGGUCGGUCGCCAAUGGCAAUUCACUCAAAGCCAGUGAUACCGGCGCGUCGAAGCGCACAGCUGCGGGCUCAUCUGCUCCUCGUGCCAAGAAGGUGAAGGACGAAGAUGAGGAUGAAGGCGUCACUGAUGCUGCUAUGCGUUCGGCGUACGACCAGGACAAGCUCUCGAAAUUCAAGGUUCCCGAAUUGAAGAGCUGGUGUGCAAGUAAAGGAGUCGGAAAGGGACUGACCAAGAAGGCAGACAUGGUCGAUGCGAUCACCAGCUUCUUCGAGACGAAGAUGGAGGUCGACGGAUAG